AUGCGAGUUAGUAGUGGGCAAGAGACAUGUAAACGGAAAGACAACCACUGGGCAAAUGCAAAACUCCAGUCAAACGACAGCCGCGACGGAGAUGGCGACUGCCCUGGUGCGCGUACCCGCGCGGCCGCCGCCGCCUUGAUCUCCUCGCUCCGGUCUGCUGCGCGUCCGGCGUGCCCAGAUCCGGCACCCCCGUGCCGCGCUCUCUCCUUUCCUUCAGUCCGCCUCUCCGUUCAUUCGUCCGCCAUGGCUCCCCAAGCUCCGACGUCGGCGGCCGCCCCGACCUCUUGGGAACCUCCUGCCGGUGUCCUCCCUGCUUCAACGACGGCGCCCGCUCCGGUCUUUCGGGCGCCUCCUGCCGGCGCCACCACCGGUACGACGACGGAGGCCGCCCCGGCCUCUCUGACUCCUUCUGACGGCACCACCACUGCUACAACGACGGAGGCCACCUCAGCGUGUCUGCCGCUGCCCUCUGUGAACGGCGCCGCCGCGACUUUCCUUGCCUUCCGCAAGGCCGACCCGGCCGUGCGGGGACGCCUGCAACUGCUGCGGCCCUCCACAACCAAGACGCGGGCCAGCUCCGAUCUGAGCCUGGCGACUCCGACGCCUACCACGCCGCCUGUCGCUGCUGCCGAAGACGAUGGUCUUCAUGGAGCUCCCUUUGUUGGCCCCGAUUUAGGUGCAGCCCCCGACGCCGCUGUGCGGACCCCGCAGCCGCCAUUGGCCGUGUCGUGGGCUUCCCUCAUGGACAACGUCUUCAGCAUUGAUGAUGAAGACGAGCUCGCCCCGCUGACGCCGUUGGCUGCGAGGUGCUCCAGUGGGGUGAGCGAUCCGGCUGCCGCUGCUGUUGUCGCUGCUGCUCCUGAGGCGUCUUUGGACCAGGGAUGGGUGAAGGUGGGGGUCCGGCGUCGUUCGGCGUCGCCGACAUUGGCUCUGGCUCCCCGGCCUAUCCCUGCCUGGCUUCGCGGUCGAUGCUGCAGAUGCCUCGCCCCUGGACACCGGGCGACGGUUUGCAGAGAUCCCUUCCGAUGCUCUCGUUGCUUGGAGAACGGUCAUCGUGCUUGUGACUGCCGCAACCCAUGGCGUUCUCUCAGCUCUCUGGCAUAUCUUGUUGUCCCGCCCGUCUCUCGCCUUGGCAUCCAACAUUGUCAACCUCCUACUCCAAGAGAGGCCCAAUUAAAAUCCACACUCCCUUCCGUUGCGCUUCAUCGUGGAUCUUGGGCGUCUCUGGUUUCUGCUUCCGCUAGCCCGGCAUAA